AUGAGUUCAGUUGAUUAUGAAUUCUCAAAUUUCCAUUCGCUUUCAAUAAAUGAAACACUAACUCUCUUAAAGACAGAUGUCGAUACUGGUAUAACUUCUAAAGAUGAAGUUAACAGGAGAAGAACUGAAAAUGGUGAUAACAGUUUAGGUGAUGACUCUAAAAUAGAUUACAAAGCGAUGCUAAUCCAUCAAAUCUGUAAUGCAAUGAUUUUAGUCUUAAUUAUCUCCUUAGUAAUUUCAUUUGCCAUCCAGGAUUGGAUCACAGGUGGUGUCAUUACAGGUGUCGUCGUAAUCAAUGUUAUUAUCGGUUUAUUUCAGGAAUAUAAAGCAACAAAGACUAUGAAUUCGUUAAGGGCGUUAUCCUCCCCUAAUGCAGUUGUUAUUAGAAAUGGCCAAAAUGAAAUAAUUGACUCAAAAGAAGUUGUCGUUGGUGAUAUAUGUGUUGUUAAAGUGGGAGAUACAGUUCCUGCUGACUUAAGAUUAAUUGAAGGCAAAAACUUCGAAACAGAUGAGUCUCUACUGACAGGUGAAUCAUUACCUGUUCCAAAGAGCCUGAUAAUAUAUAUGAAUAAAGAAGCUGACACGCCAGUUGGUGACCGUUUGAACUUAGCAUUUUCGUCAUCGACGGUUGUCAAAGGUAGAGCUAAAGGUAUUGUUAUAAAGACAGGUUUACAUACAGAGAUUGGUAAGAUCGCUAAAUCGCUGCAAGAUGACGCAGGGCUAAUUUCUAGAGACCCAUCAAAAACAUUUUUUGGUAAUGCAUGGAAAACAAUAAAAGAUACUACAGGAGCAUUCUUAGGUAUUACGACUGGUACACCGUUGCAUCGUAAAUUAUCUAAACUGGCAGUUCUAUUAUUCUGGAUUGCAGUUGUAUUUGCGAUUGUAGUGAUGGCUUCGCAAAAGUUCGAAGUGGACAAAGGUGUUGCAAUUUAUGCGAUCUGUGUGGCGUUAUCGAUGAUUCCUUCCUCAUUAGUUGUGGUGUUGACGAUCACCAUGUCGGUUGGUGCGGCAGUGAUGGCAUCUAGAAAUGUGAUCAUUAGAAAACUGGAUUCGUUGGAAGCACUGGGCGCUGUGAACGACAUCUGUUCUGACAAGACGGGCACACUAACACAAGGUAAGAUGGUUGCGAAACAAGUGUGGAUCCCUACGUUUGGGACGAUCCGUAUUGGUGACUCAAACGAGCCGUUCAACCCUAACAUUGGUGAUAUCGAGGUUAUUCCUAAGGUGUCGCCAUUUGAGUACUCAUACAAUGAAUCUGAGGAUGUUGGUAUUAUCCGGUCGUUCAAGGAGAAAUACCUGAAUGGCGAGCUUCCUAGCGGCAUGGACAGUAAUUUAUUCAGACAGUGGCUAGAAGCUGCGUCUCUAGCGAACAUAGCUACGGUAUUCAAAGACAAAGAGAGUGAUGACUGGAAGGCGCACGGUGACCCUACUGAGAUUGCCAUCCAAGUGUUUACUGCCAAGAUGAAUCUUCCACGUUCGGUGCUUACCGGGGAGAACUUUGGUGGUGACGAGAGUGAACGGAACAACGAGAAGAGUGACGAGAGCGAAGUGCCCUUUGAGCACUAUGCUGAGUAUCCAUUUGAUUCUACAAUUAAGAGGAUGUCAGCAGUUUACAAAUCGAAGGUAGAUAAUAGGUACGAGGUGUACACGAAGGGUGCAUUUGAAAGUGUGUUGAAGUGCUGUGGUAAGUGGUAUGUGAAGGGGAGCGAGGUGAGUGAAUUGAGAGAGGAGGAUGUUGAGACGAUCAAGAAGAACAUUGAUAUUCUGUCGUCUGAAGGUCUGAGAGUUCUAGCGUUUGCGAAGAAGAGCUACAGGUGUGACGAUGUGAGCGAGGAGGAGUUAGAAAUGUUGAAGAGCAAGCGUAGUGAAGUUGAGGAGGACCUUAUAUUUUUAGGGCUAAUUGGUAUUUACGAUCCACCGAGGCCUGAGACAGCGGGGGCCGUGAAGAAGUUCCAUCAAGCUGGUAUCAAUGUUCGUAUGCUUACAGGUGAUUUUCCUGGUACAGCCAAGGCGAUUGCGCAAGAAGUUGGUAUUUUGCCGACGAAUCUGUACCACUAUCCUAAGGAAGUUGUUGAUAUCAUGGUGAUGACAGGCAGUCAAUUUGACAAGAUGAGUGAGAAUGAGAUUGAUGAGCUUCCAGUAUUACCCUUAGUUAUUGCACGUUGUUCGCCUCAAACCAAGGUGCGUAUGAUCGAGGCACUACACCGUCGUGAUAAGUUUUGUGCGAUGACAGGUGAUGGUGUGAAUGAUUCGCCGUCGUUGAAGAUGGCUAAUGUUGGUAUUGCUAUGGGUAUCAACGGGUCAGAUGUUGCGAAGGAUGCAGCUGAUAUAGUACUGAGUGACGAUAAUUUUGCGUCGAUUUUGAAUGCGGUUGAAGAAGGUAGAAGGACCAGUGAUAAUAUUCAAAAAUUCGUAUUACAAUUAUUAGCUGAAAAUGUUGCACAAGCUUUAUACUUAAUUGUUGGUUUAUGUUUUCAGGAUGAGUCCGGUAAAUCUGUCUUUCCAUUAGCCCCGGUCGAAGUUCUAUGGAUCAUUGUUGUUACCUCAUGUUUCCCAGCCAUGGGUCUAGGUUUAGAAAAAGCAGCCCCAGACUUGAUGGAUAGGCCACCAAAUGAUUCCAAGCAUGGUAUUUUUACUUGGGAAAUUAUUGUUGAUACAUUUAUUUAUGGGAUGAUCAUGGCUGCUUCAUGUAUGGGUUCAUUUACAACUGUUGUGUAUGGUAAAGGUGAUGGUAAUUUAGGUUAUAACUGUAAUCGUGAAUACAGUUCUUCUUGUCAUUUGGUUUUCAGAGCACGUUCUGCAGCAUUUGCUACUAUGACAUGGUGCGCUUUAGUUUUAGCCUGGGAAGUUGUUGAUCUAAGAAGAUCAUUCUUUAGAAUGCAACCUGAAACUGAUACCCCAUUUACACAAUUUUUCAAAGAUAUCUGGAGUAACAAGUUUUUGUUUUGGUCUAUUAUCUUUGGAUUCGUUUCUGCAUUUCCAGUUGUUUACAUUCCUGUUAUCAAUGACAAAGUAUUUUUACACAAAGGUAUUGGUUAUGAGUGGGGUAUUGCCAUUGCAUUUUCUGUUGCAUUCUGGGGUGGUUGUGAACUAUAUAAAUAUGGUAAAAGAUUAUAUUACAAGAAGCAAAAUAUGGCAUCUGAUCCCGAAAAAGAUUUGGAGAAGAGUUCAAGAAAAGAUCCAUUUGAAGCUUAUAGCACUUCUGCUACUAUCCAAACUGAGUUAUAUAUAACCAAAAAAGCAUCAUAUUAG